GAAGAGGUGGCAGCGCAGCCAAUCGCAGUGUAAGUGGCGUAGGGCAGCGUGUUAGGGCGGGGGAGGUAUUUUGCAGGGCAGUUUCCCACAUUUGCUUUGAGUAAAGCUUAUAAAAUAAUUUGUCGCAGCACGCUCUAGCAAGUAAACAAAGCUUUAUAUCCAUCAAGGUGAGUUACCUGAUCGCGAAGUGGAAAGUAGCUUCAUCUCCCACACAAGGCAUCAUGACUGACAGGAAGGCAGUAAUCAAGAAUGCUGACAUGUCAGAGGACAUGCAGCAGGAUGCAGUGGACUGUGCUACCCAGGCCAUGGAGAAGUACAAUAUAGAGAAGGACAUUGCGGCCUACAUAAAGAAGGAAUUUGACAAGAAGUAUAACCCAACAUGGCAUUGCAUUGUUGGGAGGAACUUCGGCAGCUACGUCACUCAUGAGACAAAGCAUUUCAUCUACUUCUAUUUGGGGCAGGUGGCCAUCCUCCUCUUCAAGUCUGGCUGAGUUCUGUGAGGCCUGGAGUGCCUCUCCUCCCAACCUGGACUGUAAUGCACUGGUGGCUGAUGUCACAACUUCCCACACACUUCAAAUAUUAAAAUGAAAACAUACCAUGAUACACAACUGGCUGUGCGCAACUGCAUGGACUAAGAUGUACCAUAUUUAAUGUGUAUAUGUUACAGUACAAAUACUACUUUCACUAGUUGCCAUAAAAUGCAACUGAAGAGAUUUUUGUUAAUGCUGUUCUACAUUUUGUUAUACUUAAGUUGUAAAUGCUUUAACAGUGGCCUUUGAUUGUAUAAUAAAGGAAAGCUAGAGAAUGUAGUCGUGCAUCUGCUUUACCCCA